AUGGAGCGCGUCUGCCCAGGCCACCGGCGCCUCCCACCCCAAUCUACAUGUACGGACAUCCCAAGACCGCCAUUUAGGAACCUGUGGCGCCUUCGAAGAGCGCCAAAAUUGGCAGCGAGCGCUUCAACAUCUUCUCCGACUGCCCUGCCGCCAAAAACCUGCACCCUCGUCCUCCGUGGCGGUGCUGAACAGUUUAUCGCGGAGGCUGAACGCAGUCUCCAUGACGCCAUCAUGAUUGUCAAGCGCGCGCUGAGAAACACGAGCAUUGUCGCCGGUGGUGGUGCUACGGAAAUGGAGCUCUCCGGCUAUCUGCACAGUUUCGCGGAUAGGAACGUGCCGCAUAAGCAGCAAGCGGUCGUCAAGGCGUUUGCGAAGGCGCUGGAGGUCAUCCCCCGCCAGCUCUGCGAUAAUGCUGGCUUCGAUGCAACGGAUAUUCUUAACCGAUUACGCGUGGAACACAGGAAGGGGAAUGUGUGGGCGGGAGUUGAUUUUGAUAAUGAAGGUGUUCGGGAUAAUAUGGAGGCGUCAAUGCUAUCCAGGCUGCUGUUGAGGCGGCAUGUUUGA